ACAUGGUGCAUGAGAAACUUAGUCUAAACGUGACAACAUUUAAACCAAAUUGCACUCUCUUACUCUUCACUCUCCUCUACUUAUCCCGCGCCUUUCUCUUCACUCCUUCAACUCUCACUCGCUACUCUCUAUUAAUUCUUCUUCUUCUUCACUAAAUUUAAUAACUUGCUCUCCAAGAAACAAACAAAUCCAUGGAAAAUUACAAGAAAUCUCAAUUGAAGCCAUGGAAAAAGGGCCCAACAAGAGGCAAAGGUGGUCCUCAAAAUGCAAUGUGUGAAUAUAGAGGCGUAAGGCAAAGAACUUGGGGCAAAUGGGUUGCUGAAAUUCGCGAACCGAAGAAACGAACCAGACUCUGGUUAGGUUCUUUUUCUACUGCUGAAGAAGCUGCUAUGGCUUAUGAUCAAGCCGCUACGAGAUUGUACGGUCCUGAUGCUUUUCUGAACCUCCCUCAUCUUCUUCAUCAUCACCAAUCAUCUAUAUGCAACAAUAACAUUAUCGUUAAUAAUAAAUUCAAAUGGGCUCCUUCCAAGAAUUUCAUUUCCAUGUUUCCUAAUAGUAAUAAUAAUAAUCCUUGUGGUUUGCUUAAUAUACAUGCACAGCCUAGUGUUCAUGUAAUACAUCAGAGACUUCAAGAAUUCAAGAAAACCGGGGUUUUUGGUCAGUCGUCGUCUUCUACUUCUGAUUCUGGUUCAAGAAAUGAAAACGUGAUGAUGAAAAAUGAUGAUAAAAUAGUGGAAAAAGAAGUGGAAAAGCCUCAGAUUGAUCUAAAUGAGUUUCUUCAGCAAAUGGGGAUAUUAAAAGAGCAGCCUGUGGAGAAGAAUAAUAACAUUGAAGCAACAGAAAUGAGUAGUGUGGUGCAAGAAAUGGAAUCAUCAUCAUCAUUGAAUAAUAAUAAUGAGGAGAUUGGUUCACUUGUAGAUAAGAGUUUCAAUUGGGAUUCACUCAUUGAGAUGCAUGCAUUUGGCGAUCAUGUUGCAGAAUCAUCUACUCCUACUUUUCAACUUUAUGAUGUUCAAGAAGACUUGGCUUUUCCGGCUUCCAUUUGGAACUUUUGAGAGAAUUUUAAAUAACUCAUUUUUGUUGGGUAUAGUUAUUUUUUAAGGUUAUUUAACUAUAUUACUUUUUUUAUAUAAAACGAUACCGGCAUUCAACUUAUUAUAUUUUGCUAAUUCAAUAUUCAUUUUUCUAGAAAUGGAAAGUUAUCUAAUUACUUCAAGCAAAAUUCUGUCUGCGUGACCGAUGGGUUGUCAGGAUAACGUUUGGUCGACGGAUUGCCACAUAGGCAAAAUUUGACCUAAAUUGAUUGGAUAACUUUCCGUUGUUUGAGAAAUGAACGUUGGAUUAUCAAAAUAUAACAAAUUGAAUGUCGAUAACCGUUCGGUAUAAAUAGUAUAGUUGGAUAAUUGCAAAUAUAUUUUAUCCGAUUCUGAGUUCCCUCCUUGAUAUCUUGGAAACAAACUGUUUUUGGCAGGCAAUACUUUUUUUUCUAUUGGAAGUUCAUUGAGGACGUUUGUGUAAAAAAAGGGUCAAUUGAAAUGUACCCUCUUAAUCUGGAUAGAAAUCUAAAAAAAUCGUUUUUUGAAAAUUAAACCCAUAAUAUGUCUAUUUUGGUCAUUUCAACCGUAAGUUGUAGGAUUGAUUCAAUCGCCCGUAUCUCUCAAAUCAACAGCUCAAGGAUUGAAAUGAUCUAAAUUGGAUAAGUUGUGAAUCUAAUUGUCAGAAGAUGCAAAAAUGACUUUUUGAGAUUUCAAUUCAAGUUGAGGGGGUGAAUUGACACUUUGUCACAGUUUCACUAAAGCUACUGCUGAUGGGAGCAAAAACAUGU